UGGCGGCUUUACGACCUUCCUAAUCGCCCACGCCACGUGCACGCACACCAUGUCCGAGACGGAACGCACUUUUAUUAUGGUGAAGCCGGAUGGCGUCCAACGUGGGCUGGUUGGUGAAGUGAUUCGACGGUUUGAGCAGCGCGGAUACAAACUAGUUGGAAUGAAACUGAUGCACGCUUCUGAUGAAUUGCUCAGGAAGCACUAUGAGGCCCAUGUAAACAAGCCAUUCUUUGCUGGGCUUAGUGCAUAUAUGUCUUCCGGUCCCGUGGUUCCAAUGGUCUUCGAAGGUUACCAGGUGGUGAAGAACAGUCGCAAAAUGCUGGGAGCAACAAAGCCCGAGGAAAGUGAACCUGGGUCGAUCCGCGGUGACUUCUGUCAAAUGGUCGGUCGAAAUUUGGUACAUGGUUCUGAUUCUGUGGAAAGUGCUCAAAAGGAAAUCUCUCUCUGGUUCACUUGUAAAGAGUUGAUCGAUUACAAGCAAACCUCGAAGCCGUGGCUCCAUGAGUAAUGACCUUAGCUGGUUUUGAUUAUCAGUCUUGACCUUUGUUGAUCUUGGCAAUAAAGAUAGUCUUUGAAGAAU